AUGGCGUCCACUUCGUCUUCGGAACACAGCAGGGUUCUAGGGGGAUACGCUCGCAAGCUGUCUAUCGCCCCUAAAUCGAGCAUCAACAUUCAUAUCAACAACCAUUAUCACUCUCGAGUCUACACCACCGGCUCAGAAAUAUCAGGACAUGUUACCAUUACACCCCAAACCGAUACGCGAUUCGACACGCUCCAGGUUGUGUUGCUCGGAACUAGCAAAACCCGAAUAGACGCCUUAAAUAUUCCCCAGACGACCUCUCACACUUUCUUAAAGCUCAUAAUGCCUAUCCCGGAAUCAUCCUAUCCAAUCCCGCGCGUGUUCGAGGCAGGUCUGACUUAUACGGUACCAUUCACCUUCGUCAUUCCGAGCACCCUCACUCUUAAUGCGUGCAGUCAUCAAGUCGCCAACAAUUCUGUUCAGGACCACCACAUGCGCUUGCCUCCUACUCUUGGUUCGUGGGAAAAGGAUGACUUUGCGCCGCACAUGAGCCGCGUUCAGUACGUGAUCAAGGCGCGAGCGUAUAAGGAUGAGCCGGCUGAUGGACUGACUGUGAAAGUUAUGGAAGCUGGGCAGGAGAUUAAAGUCUUGCCCGCGGCGCUGGAAGACGCCCCAUUGAGCAUUACCAAGCACGACGAUUUGUACAUUAUGUCGAAGAGUAAGUCGCUACGGAAGACUAUCAUAUCGCCGAAGACAGGGAAGGUUACUAUCACGGCCGCACAGCCCAGUGCAGCUAUGCUAAGUCCCGACGGGCAAACGAGUACCUCUACCACAGUACCACUCUACCUCGAAUUCGAACCAGCUUCUAUCGACGCGCGCCCACCGAAAAUAACAGGAAUAGCAUCCAAGGUUACGGCAGUCACGUACUUCAGCGCCGGCGGCGUCAGCCAGUACCCUAACCUUAAGGACUGGCACAGCGCAUUCGGCUCCGAGGGCCGCGGCUCGUACUCAGGCACGACAUCCGUCACCACAGGGCCGUUGGGAGACGUCAAAUGGAGCCGACACCUAACAGCACAGGCCCGACGAGACUCGGGAUACGGCAGCGACAACCUCUCAUCUGACACAGACCUACCCCCCAGGCCCCUCCCCCACAAGACCAAGGGCAAUCUCCCAUCCCCGAUCUUCCAUGCGGCGCAACUACAAGUACCGAUUCAACUGCCGGUGCAGAAGAAAACAUUCGUGCCGACUUUCCACUCGUGCAUCACGUCGCGCGUCUACGUCCUGUGGUUAACAGUGACCGUUGUUUCCGGCGGGUACAGCACACACAUAACCCUCGGCGUGCCUCUACAAAUCGGUGUCCGCGGCACGGUCUCGCACUUAGAUAAUACUGCGCUACCGCCUAGCUUCGAGGAGGUGGAGGAGGCCGAUGCGGACGAGUAUCUGCGCCCGCGCGUCAUGAGCCUUCCUACGAUUGAUUUCCACCAGAACGGGGCGCUGCCAGGCUACGCGGACUUGGAUCAUCACAGGCGAAGGACGGUAGUCGCGCACUGA